AUGAGCAUGCCAGGCGUUUGGGGUGGUAAGCUCAUCUCCCUUGCUAGAAGGAUUUCUUUGGUCAAAUCUGUUUUAUUAUCUUACUCAACUUAUCAUUCUACCCUUUCAAUGGUUCCCAAGAAAGUUCUAUACGAAGUUGAUAAGCUAUGCAGGAAAUACAUUUGGAAUAAAAGUGAUGGGACUGUAGGUCUUCACUAUGUUAGUUGGGACUUAAUGUGCAAAUUGAGAAGAUGGGCAGGACUAGGCAUCAACUUCUGCUCAAAGAAAACUGGGACUUUGAUAGCCAAGUUAGCAUGGAGGUAUAUUCAAGAGGAGUCACUUAUGCAUAAGUUCUUGUUUCCUAAAUUCGGGCCAAUUCUUAAGGAAGAAAUAGCUAAGAGAAAUGGUUUAGUUUCAUCGAAAUUGAUAUGUAAUGGAGGUGAAUUCUUGAGACUAAUUAUCAGGUGGACAGUUGGCAUUGGUAAAGUUAUCAAUGCUUUUGAAGACAUUUGUGUUUUGGAUAAAAGUUUGCUGAAUUGGCCUACUUUUGUCAACCCAAUUGAAGGUGGCAACUUAAUAGUGGAUAGUUUCAUAUGUGAUGGAGUCUGGAACAUGAUCAAGUUGAAGGAGUUCUUCGGGGAAGAAUUGCUUAGUCUGAUCACCUCCAUUAAUAUACAGAAUGAUUUGGGUGAAGAUCGUAUAGAGCUCAUACAUAAUCUUUCGAGUAAAACUAUAGUAGCUCUCGCCAUUGAAGCAAUGGAACCAGGUAAAAAAGAGAUUGUUUCUUGGAAAUGGUUUGGGAGGGGAAAAUUAAAUCCGAUAGAGAGGUUAUUUUGGUGGAGGUUGAUCAAUAAUGCCAUCCCAACUAACCAGUUUCUCUGUUAUAGAAGAUUAGAAGGGUUUGAUAAGUGUCCUAGAGGGUGUGAGGAGGUUGAGGAGAUUGAUCACAUUAUUUUUUGGAUGCAGGAAGAUAAUUGA